UUGUCUCAAAACAAGCAACAAAUAUUCUUCUUGUCUUGUUCUUUUCUUCUUCCCACCUUUGAAAAUAGUAACAAAAAACAACAACAACAACGUACAAUUCAAGUUCGAAUAAAAUUGACAGUUCUCAUAAUCACAUUUCUCUCACUCUCCUCCACCUUCUCAAAAUGCAUUCUCAAAUUGACCCUUCUUUCUAUCUCAUUCUCACCACACUCAAUUUUUCAUCAUCUACUUCACUUCUUCCCAAUGCAUUCAUGAAUUGUUAAUGGACUCAGAAAGAAGUAGGAUAUAAUAAUGAACACCUCAUUCUUGGGGAUCAAGCUUCAUUCUUCUCUCAAAUGUUACAACACUGUCAUUUUCAACCAUUUUGAGAGAAGAAGCUUAUUGCAGAAAAGCAAAAGGUGGUGCACCGUAUCUGCAAAACAAGGACACCCAAUAAGGCAAGCUUUUAGUUUUUGUUGUCAAAAUGUAAACUUUUUGAUGAUACGCCUUGUUUCCAUAAAUGGGUCUAGGUUGAAAUGUACUAAGGAACCACUUUUUUCUCCUUUCUUCACCCCAUUGUGGAAAAAGGGGAUUUUUUUUAUAAGGGUAUGUGUUUACACUGUUGUUAUCUCUGGUUUGUGUUUGUUUGUUUGGUUUGGGCGUAAUAAAGCUAAGGAGUGUGUUGAAAACAACUUGUUACCUUCUGUUUGUUUAGUAAUCAGUGAGCAAAUUCAGCGUGAUUUUCGGUUUGGAAAGGUUAGAAGAAUCUCUCCUUUGAGUUUGACAUUGGAGUCAUGUUCAUUUGGGCCUCAUAAGGAGGAAUUUUCUUGUGGUGAGGCUCCUAUUGUUAAGCUUCGUCUUCAUCCUUUUACUAGUUUGAGAAGGGGAAAGUUUGUGGUUGAUGCAGUUUUGUCAAAUCCAAGUGUGUUGAUUGUGCAGAAGAAGGACUAUAGUUGGUUAGGGAUACCGAAUUCGGAAGAUGGCAUAAAGAGGCACUUGUCUACUGAAGAAGGGAUCGAUCAUCGGACUAGAACGAGGAGGAUUGCACGAGAGGAAGAUGCGGCUCGGUUAGCGAGAGAACGGGAUGAUGCAGCUAGGGAAGCUGCGGAGACUGGUUACUUUGUUUCUGAGUCCUCCCAAGGUGGUGAUUUAAAGGAGGCUGAAGGUCAUUCAAGAGGAGAAAUCGAUUCGAACUCGUUUUUCUGUAUGAGUGAGAGGAAGCAUGAUCAUCAUUGUGUAGAUAAGGGUGUUGAUUAUGAUAUGAAACAUGCAGAUUUGGAAAAGCCGUUUCGUGCGAAGUUUCCUGGUUCAAGAAUUAAGUUUUGGUCAAGAGUCACCAAAAGGCACUGGAAACGAAGAUUCAAGAGGAAGUCUAAGAGGAGUGACAUCUCUGCCUCUGGUGUUGCCAUCAAAAGAAGAAUUCUCGAAUGCAGUGUAUCAGCUGCACGUGCAUACUUCCGCGGUCAAUCACCGGGAAAGCAUGAGGAGCCUUCAUCUUCUUCUGGAUGCUUUCAUUCUGUGAAUCUUGAUACACAUUUAGUAAAAAAUGAUGUUGACAAAAUUACAGAAUCUGUUGCCAGUGGUGAUGAUGAUGAUGAUAAUCAAAAUGGAGCACAAUCCAUAAAUCUUGGAAUUUGGUCUCCUGCAGAUAAUGAAAGUGUUCAUGGUCAUUCAGAUGAUAUAAAAUUUGCCAGUGAUCCGACUUUACAUACAAGAGAAAGUAAACAUGAAAAUUUGCAAUUCAAUGGGAAUGUUGCAGAACAUGUAGAUGGGGUAGAUGCUCUGCAGUCUGAAGGCUUCAUUAAGACUCUUCCUGUUACAUUGGAUUCUGUUCAUUUCAGAGGUGCAACUGUGAUGCUACUUGCAUAUGGCGACAAUGAAGUUAGGGAGAUGGAGAAUGUCAAUGGCCAUGUGAAAUUUCAUAACCACUACAACCAUAUAAAUGUACAAUUGAGUGGAAAUUGUAAACCGUGGAGGUCAGGUGUUGUAUGCAAAGAUGGUGGUUGGUUGUCUGCCAAUGUUUUUGUUGACACUACCAAGGAGAAAUGGCAUACUAAUUUGAAAUUUGAAAAUUUUUAUGUUCCGCUAUUUGAAAGGAUCCUAGAAAUUCCAAUUACAUGGUCUAAAGGGAGGGCAAGUGGUGAGAUUCACUUGUGCAUGUCUAAGGGUGAAACUUUUCCAAAUCUUCACGGACAGCUUGACGUGAAAGGAUUGGAUUUCCAACUAUCUGAUGCUCCAUCGUGUUUCUCUAACAUAUCAGCAAGUUUGUGUUUUCGUGUUCAAAGAAUAUUUUUACACAAUGCAUGUGGUUGGUUUGGCAGCAUUCCUCUAGAAGCAUCAGGAGAUUAUGGCAUAAACCCCGAGGAAGGAGAAUUUCAUCUUAUGUUUCAGGUACCUGGUGUUGAAGUGAAUGCCUUGAUGAGAACUUUCAACAUGAAACCUUUUUUGUUCCCGCUAGCAGGAUCAGUAACUGCUCUGUUUAAUUGCCAAGGCCCACUAGAUACUCCUGUAUUUGUGGGCACUGGAAUGGUUUCUAGGACGUUAUCUUCUUUAUAUGCCGACACUCCUUCAACUGUAGCAUCUGAAGCACUUGCUAAAAGUAAAGAGGCUGGUGCACUGGCAGCAUUUGAUCGCAUACCAUUUUCAUAUGUAUCUGCCAAUUUUACUUUCAACACUGAUAACUGUGUUGCCGAUUUAUAUGGAAUUAGGGCAAGCCUUGUGGAUGGUGGUGAAAUUCGAGGGGCUGGGACUGCAUGGAUAUGCCCAGAGGGUGAGGAGGAUGAAACAUCAAUAGAUGUGAACUUUUCUGGAAGUUUGGCAUUUGAAAAAAUCAUGCUUCAUUACAUUCCCAAUUAUCAUAGUUUAAUGCCACUCAAACUAGGGGUGUUACAUGGAGAGACAAGACUUUCGGGAUCUCUUUCAAGACCAACGCUUGAUAUAAAAUGGACUGCACCUUCUGCAGAAGGGUCUUUCAGAGAUGCUAGAGGAGAUAUCAUAAUCUCGCAUGAUUUCGUUACUUUUAAAUCUGCUUCAGCUGCAUUUGAUUUGUAUGUGAAAGUCCAAACAUCUUAUUCUGAUGAUUUUUCACUUACUAGAAAAGAGUUUUGUUCACCAAGAACCGUUCCAUUUACCGUUGAUGGCAUUGAGUUUGAUCUUCAUAUGUAUGAGUUUGAAUUCUUCAAUCUGGUUACUACGUAUCCAUUGGACAUUCCAAGACCUUUGCUUUUGAAAGCAACUGGAAGAGUAAAGUUUCAGGGUAAGCUUUUAGAACCUAGUUGCACUAUGAUGGAACAAAAUUUUGACCAGAAUGGGCAACAUCUGCACAUAUUGGAGAUAGGAAGUGGAGAUUGUGUCGUUGGUGAGGUUUCAAUCUCUGAUUUCAAAUUGAAUCAAUUGAUGCUUGCACCUAACCUGUCUGGGUUGUUGAGAGUUUCUCCCAAGUGUAUCAAGUUAGAUGCCUCUGGUAGGCCUGAUGAAAGUCUUGCCGUGAAGUUUGUACGGUCACUACAGCCUAGUGAUGAAGGUGGUCUGAAAAGUGGACAACUGUUGUCUAUUUCACUUGAGAAGGGGCAAUUGAAGGCCAAUGUCAGUAUCCAACAAUGUCAUUCAGCCAGCUUGGAGAUACGACAUUUUCCACUUGAUGAGCUGGAGCUUGCUUCUCUCAGGGGAACUAUUCAGAGGGCAGAAAUCCAGGUUAAUCUUCAAAAAAGAAGAGGACAUGGAAUCAUAUCCGUACUUCAGCCCAAAUUGAGUGGUAUUCUCGGUAAAUCCCUAGAUGUGGCGGCUAGGUGGAGUGGAGAUGUUAUCACAAUUGAAAAAAUUAUCUUCGAACAAAUCAACAGUCUUUAUGAACUUCAAGGUGAAUAUGUGUUGCCUGGAGUCCGUGAUCACAACCUUAAUGGAAAAGGGGAUGACUUUUUGAAAAGGCUAAUGUCUUGGCAUCUUGGUAGUGUUAUAUCCUCGAUGGGCAGGUGGAGAAUGAAACUUGAAGUUUGUAGAGCGGAGAUUGCUGAGAUGCUUCCUCUUGCAAGACUUCUUUCUCGAAGCACGGAUCCUAUUGUUCUCUCAAGAUCAAAGGAUUUUUUUAUUCAAAGUUUGCAGUCGGUGGGGUUAUAUUCAACAAGCCCUCAACACCUGCUUGAGUUUAUAAGGGGGAAUCAUGCUUCAUCAUAUGAUGCUGUUCUUGAAGAUACAAAUCUGCCCGAUUUAUUUGAUCUCAAAGGUUACUGGCACGGCUCUCUGAAUGCAAGAGGCGGAGGGAAUGGAGAUACCCUGGCAAAAUUUGACUUUCACGGGGAGGAUUUGGAAUGGGGAGACUACAAAACUCAACGCGUCUCGGCAAUUGGCGCUUACAGUAAUGAUGAUGGCAUGCACAUGGAUAAUUUUAUUAUCCAAAAUGACAAUGCCACCAUUCACGCCGAUGGAACUUUGUUAGGGCCAAAAACCAACCUUCAUUUUGCCGUCUUAAACUUUCCUGUUAGUCUGGUCCCAACUGUUUCUCAGCUUGUUGAAUCUACGGAAACAGGUGCUGUUCCUUCUCUGGGGCCAUUGUUAGCACCCAUUAAGGGUAUCUUGCAUAUGGAAGGAGAUCUUAGAGGAAGUUUAACAAAACCAGAAUGUGAUGUGCAAAUAAGGCUCCUCGAUGGUUCCAUCGGUGGAAUUGAUCUUGAGCGAGCAGAAGUUGUUGCUUCUCUAACAUCAGCCAGUCGUUUUCUAUUCAAUGCAAAAUUCGAACCUGUAAUCCAAAAUGGUCAUGUACUAAUUCAAGGAAGCAUUCCUGUUACUUUUGUUCAAAGUAACAUGUUACAGAAAGAUGUAGAAUUAGAUAAAAUUGGGGCUAAUUGGGUUCCUGAUUGGGCGACGGAGAAAAAUAGAGGGACCAAAACCGCUGAUGCCAGCAUCAAAAACGUUUUUAGAGACAGAAAUGAAGAAGUUUGGAAUACUCAGUUAGCAGAAAGUCUUGAAGGUUUAAAUUUUCAAAUUUUAGGUGUUGGAGAAAUCAAGGUGGAUGCCAAUAUAAAAGAUGGGGGAAUGAUGCUGGUAACAGCUUUAUCACCUUAUGCCAAUUGGCUUCAUGGAAAUGCUGAUGUCAUGCUUGAGGUGAGAGGUACAGUUGACCAACCAUUGCUUAAUGGCUAUGCAAUAUUCCACAGGGCGUCUAUAUCUUCACCAGUGUUUCGGAAGCCACUAACCAACUUUGGUGGUACUGUUCACAUGAAAUCAAACAGGUUGUCCAUCACCUCACUGGAGGGUAGGUUAAGCAGAAACGGAAAACUGCUUGUAAAAGGGAACCUUCCUCUCAGAAAUAGUGAAGCAGCACUUGAUGACAAAAUUGAGUUGAAGUGCGAUGUUCUAGAAGUGCAUGCAAAAAAUAUUUUAAGUGGCCAGGUUGACUCCCAGUUGCAAAUAACUGGUUCAAUAUUGCAACCAAUCAUUUCUGGGAAUGUUAAACUUAGUCAUGGAGAAGUAUAUUUGCCACAUUAUAGGGGUAGUGGUAGUAGUGGUGCUCCUAAUAGAUUCCCAACAAAUAAGUCUACGCUUUCUGGUGGGGAUGUUAGUCAAGCAUUUGCUUCAAGUCCUACUUCUUUGACGACUAAAAUUUCUCAAUCCUCUAGCUCUGUGAAUGGAUCAACUCAUGUUGAUAAGGACAUGGAGAAAAUGCAGAUACCACAUAUAGAAACUCGCCUUAGUGAUUUGAAGCUUGUGCUUGGACCAGAAAUGAAGAUAGUUUAUCCUUUGAUUCUUUUAUUUACUGUUAGUGGAGAGCUUGAGUUGAAUGGUCUUACUCAUCCCAAAUGUAUAACACCUAGGGGCAUACUGGUAUUCGAGAACGGUGAAGUCGAGCUACUUGCUGCACAGCAGGCGAGGUUAAAACGGGGACAUCUGAAUAUUGCAAAGUUUGAGCCUGAGUAUGGACUAGAUCCAAUGCUAGAUUUAACCUUGGUUGGAUCUCAGUGCCAAUAUAGGAUUCAAGGUCGGGCUAGCAAUUGGAAAGGUAGCGUGGAACAGGAUACACUUUCACCUACUGAGGCUGUCAGAAAACUUGAUAGUCGGUUAGUAUCCAUUUUGAAAGGCAAUGGUCAACUUUCCCUUGAAAAGCUUGCAACUGCUACUCUUGAAAAAUUAAUGCCACGUAUAGAAGGGAAGGGUGAGUAUGGCAAGGCUAGGUGGAAGAUAGUGUACUCACCUCAGAUUCCUAAUUAUGUUGGUACUACCGCAGAUCCUUUCGGAUUUCUCGCCAAUAAUUUAACAUUUGGAACUGAUGUCGAGGUCCAACUUGGGAAACGUCUUCAGGCCAGAGUCAUCAGGCAAAUGAAGGAGUCAGAGAUGGCAACUCAGUGGUCCUUGAGCUAUCAACUUACAAGUCGCUUGCAUGUGCGCCUUCAAUCCUCUCCAUUUUUAUGUAUCUUUUUUGAAUAUUAUGCCACAAUCUAGGGCCUGUUGCUUUUUUAUCUCAGGUUUUGGCAUAUAAAACUUUCAUCUUUUGCUCACAUUGAGCUUGUUAAUAGGAUAGAUGCUGAAUUCAUAGAUAUUCUUAGCUUUGUAUAUUGAUGAAAGAAAGUAUAGCACAGUUAAACAGAAUGGCAGAUGUAGUACAAAUAUUAAUUUUGUCAUUCAUACUGUUACUUAGAGUUCAAGUUUUUAUCUAUUUAGUAAGAGUUGUUGAUGACA